UUUGGUGAGCUGUUGCUUAGCAGCUAAUAAUAGGCGAUGUUUGCAAAGUAAUUUGCCUCUUCCUCGGCCAAUGGGAGCCGCGGCACUUUUCCAUCAAAGCUCCCUUUUCAGGAUUUGCGGAGAGGCGAGCUCGUCCAAAUGUUGCCGCAGCGCGAUCGGAGCUAGACGUGACGCGCGACCACCAGCAAGACCGCCGCUACAACUACUAGCAGUACUAUCUGAGCCUCUGUUAAUAUUAUUAUUAUUAUUUUUAUUAUUAUUUUUUUUUUUUGCAUGUGUCUGUUUUUAUAGCAACUCCGCGAUCGAAUGACGACAGAAGGAUCUUUACGUAUUUGGGCGCAUAAUGUUGGGAUGGAGUUUGGCGACUCGUUCGGCUCCACGGAAGACUAGCAGGACACUUUCUUCCAACUCGUCGGCGCCGGACGCGCUCCUCUCCCAUGUCGGAUUACUGCGGCGCUCUGUGAAAUCGCAGCCGCUUUGUGUGUCGCUUCGCCCCCCAAGCCUCUUCGGACCAUGGCCUCGGAUAGCGGGGUCCCAGGGGCCGGCGUCUUCGGGGAGUUACCCCCGAGCUUCGCGCGCUCCCGGCCGGCCGCCGACGCCGACGCGCUCCGGGGACCGAGCGGUUACUGCCACGCCGCUUUCGCACUUAAACAGAUCUCAAAGGGGAAGACGGUAGGUCAGAAAGCUCCCCUGUGGAUCCGCGCCAGGUUCCAGGCCCUCCUGUUCUCUCUGGGCUGUCACAUCCAGAGGCACUGCGGGAAGGUGCUUUUUAUUGGACUCUUGGUGUUCGGGGCCCUCUCGGUAGGACUCCGAGUGGCCGCCAUCGAAACGGACAUCGAGCAGCUCUGGGUGGAAGCUGGUAGCCGGGUGAGCCAGGAGCUUCGCUACACCAGGGAGAAGCAAGGCGAAGAGUCCAUAUUUACCUCACAGAUGCUCAUCCAGACACCCAAAGAAGAGGGCACCGACAUACUUACCCAGGAGGCAUUGCUGGUGCACAUGGAAGCCGCACUGUCUGCCAGCAAGGUGCAGGUGUCACUGUUUGGAAAGUCGUGGGAUCUCAACAAAAUAUGCUAUAAAUCCGGAGUCCCCAUCAUUGAAAAUGUCAUGAUUGAAAGGAUGAUUGACAAACUAUUCCCUUGUAUGAUAAUCACCCCGUUGGACUGUUUUUGGGAAGGGGCCAAGCUACAGGGAGGGUCCGCCUAUUUACCGGGUAUGCCAGACAUCCAGUGGAUGAAUCUGGAUCCAGUCAAGCUCAUGGAGGAACUGAGUCAGUUCACGUCCUUGGAAGGAUUUCAGGAGAUGUUGGACAAAGCCCAGGUGGGCCACGCCUACAUGAACCGGCCUUGUCUGGACCCAUCGGAUCCCGACUGCCCUCUCGGUGCUCCCAACAAAGAACAAUUAGAAUCUCCUGACAUCGCCGGACGCCUCCAAGGCGGUUGCCACGGUUUUAGCCGGAAGUUUAUGCACUGGCAGGAGGAGCUGAUCCUGGGAGGGCGUGUGAAGAACACCCAGGAUGCUCUGAUGAGCGCGGAGGCUCUUCAAACCAUGUUCCUAUUGAUGAGCCCCAAGCAGCUGUACGAGCACUUUAAAGAUGACUACGAGAUCCACGACAUCAACUGGAAUGAAGAAAAGGCGACGGCCAUCCUGGAGUCGUGGCAACGCAAGUUUGUGGAGGUGGUCCACCAGAGUAUCCCGUCCAACUCGAGCCAGUCCAUCCACGCCUUCUCCACCACCACGCUCAAUGACAUCAUGAAAUCCUUCUCCGAUGUCAGCGUCUUACGGAUCGCCGGAGGCUACCUGCUCAUGCUGGCGUACGCCUGCGUGACCAUGCUGAGGUGGGACUGCGCCAAGUCCCAGGGGGCCGUGGGACUGGCCGGCGUGCUGCUGGUGGCUCUGUCGGUGGCCGCGGGGCUGGGCCUCUGCUCCCUGCUGGGACUCUCCUUCAACGCCGCCACCACUCAGGUGCUUCCCUUCCUGGCACUUGGAAUCGGAGUGGAUGACAUGUUUCUUUUGGCUCACUCCUUCACAGAGGCCGGGAGUAACAUUCCCUUUAAGGAGCGGACCGGAGACUGCUUGCGUCGCACGGGCACCAGCGUGGCUCUGACUUCCAUCAACAACAUGAUUGCCUUCUUCAUGGCCGCCCUUGUGCCCAUCCCGGCCCUGCGAGCUUUCUCCUUGCAGGCGGCCAUCGUGGUGGUGUUUAACUUUGCUAUGGUGCUGCUCAUCUUCCCCGCCAUACUCAGCUUGGACCUCCACCGGCGCGAGGACAAGCGCUUGGAUGUCCUGUGUUGCCUGUACAGUCCUUGCGCCGACCGGGUCAUUCACCUUUCCCCGCACGAGUUGUCGGACGCCGCCGAGCAGGCGCCGGCCUCACACACGCGCCAGUACGCCGCGGGCUCCACCAUCACCACCAGUACUCAAAUCACCACCACGGUGCAGGCGUUCACGCAGUGCGACGCCGCCGGGCAGCACAUCGUCACCAUCCUGCCGCCAACCUCUCAAAUCUCCACCAGCCCGACUUCCAUCAUCCUGUGUCCCACUUCGCAUUCACAAGCUAUCACGCCGACACCCACUACCCCCGCCCAGGAUCUCUAUGACUCCCAGCUCUUCACUCCUACCUCCAGCUCCACCCGGGACCUCCUAGCCCAGGUGGAGGACUCCAAAUUGGGCAAGAAGUGCGUCCCGCUCCCGUUCCUCAAUUGGAACCUGUCCCACUUUGCCCGGGAGAAAUACGCCCCGCUUCUCCUGAAGCCCAAGAGCAAAGCCAUCGUGGUCAUCCUCUUCCUGGGCCUCCUUGGCCUCAGCUUGUACGGGACCACCAGGGUGCACGACGGCCUCUACCUGACCGACAUUGUGCCGCGCGACACCAAGGAAUACAACUUCAUCGAUGCCCAGUUCAAAUACUUUUCCUUCUACAACAUGUAUCUGGUCACCAUGGACGGAUUUGAUUACGCCCGCUCACAGAGACUUCUGAUCCAGCUACACAACGCCUUCAACUCUGUCAGAUCCGUGGUCCGAGACAGCGACGGCAAACUGCCACGUAUGUGGCUGCACUACUUCCAGGACUGGCUUAGAGGUCUUCAGGCUGCUUUCGACACAGACUGGCUGGCGGGGAGGAUCACCUCGGACAGCUACCGGAACGGCACCGAGGACGGCGCCCUGGCGUACAAACUCCUCAUCCAAACUGGCUCCAAGAAAGAGCCUUUUAACUACAGCCAACUGACUUCUCGCCGACUGGUGGAUGCGGAGGGUCUCAUCCCCCCUGAGGUGUUCUAUAUUUACCUGACGGUGUGGGUCAGUAACGAUCCUCUGGGCUACGCCGCCUCCCAGGCCAACUUUUAUCCGCAUCCCAGAGAGUGGAUCCACGACAAGUACGACACGACGGGGGAGAAUCUGCGCAUUCCGGCCGCAGAGCCCCUGGAGUUCGCUCAGUUCCCGUACUACCUGAACGGGCUACGGCAAGCCGGCGACUUCGUGGAAGCCAUUGAGAGCGUGCGGGCCAUCUGCGACGAGUUCAGCCGCAAGGGCCUGUUCAACUACCCCAACGGAUACCCGUUCCUGUUCUGGGAGCAGUACAUAGGCCUCCGACAUUGGUUCCUCCUGGCCAUCAGCGUGGUGCUGGCAUGCACCUUCCUGGUUUGCGCCCUGCUCCUGCUCAACCCGUGGACCGCCGGCAUCAUUGUGUUUAUCUUGGCCAUGAUGACGGUGGAGCUUUUCGGCAUCAUGGGUUUGAUCGGCAUCAAGCUGAGCGCCAUCCCCGUGGUCAUCCUCAUCGCCUCGGUGGGCAUCGGAGUGGAAUUCACUGUUCACAUUGCGCUGGGCUUCCUGACAGCCAUUGGCAGCAGAAACAAGCGCUCGGCCGUGGCUCUGGAGCAUAUGUUUGCCCCGGUGGUCGACGGCGCCAUUUCCACCCUGCUGGGCGUUCUCAUGCUGGCGGGCUCCGAGUUUGACUUCAUUAUGAGGUAUUUCUUUGCCGUGCUGGCCAUCCUGACCGUUCUGGGAAUGCUUAACGGCUUGGUCCUGCUCCCGGUCCUCCUCUCCAUGCUGGGCCCCCCUGCCGAGCAGCCCGUGCCCGACGACGGCAGCUGCCCGGCAGUGCCUUCGCCCGAGCCGCCUCUCCCUCCGCCUAUGGGUCACCACGGUUACUUCGCGGACCACCACGACCCCCGCUGGGCUUUCUCCGAGACAUCCGACUCGGAAUAUUACUCAGAGAUGACGAGCACGUCGGGGAUCGGUGAGGAGGAUUACAAGUACUGCGACCGCAGCGCGUACAGUGUGCCGCCGGCGAGCUCGCACAUUCUGCUGGAAGCCAGCAAGAAUCCCAGCUUCCCGAAACUCACGGUGGUGAGGCCGCCGAGGGAAACCGGAGCACGGAUAGAACCGUCAAAUGACUCGUCCCAUAAUGCUCAGUCGCCAUUGAGCUCGCAGGUGACAUGCUGGGAUGGACCCAAGAGGGACCAGCAGCAGCAGCAGCAGCAGCAGCCAAGACCACAAAACUUACCUGGAGACAAAGCUCACCAGCCUUGGCGGACUUACCAGAGUGGCCCCAGGCUACAGAGCGGUCGAGGGCCUCAGCCAAACAGGACUAAAGGGCCAGCCAACUAUGGCAAUUCCGUAGCCGGUGGGCCCGUCACCAUGGUGACGGCCACGGCCUCCGUGACGGUGGCCGUGCAUCCGACCCUGCCGGGAGCGGCGUAUCAGGGCUACAUGCACGAAGGCUUCGACACGGACACUGAAUCGGACUGCUUUGAGGCCACUAAGAGGACUAAGUUUUACUCGUGCAAGAGAGACUCUUUAGAGAUGCAGGAUGCGGAAUGUCCACAGGAUCAGAUGACGCAACAGACCAGACAAGGCGGGUCCUGAAUCCAGGCGACCAGAGUGUCAGACUCCUCCGCACACCCGUCCUCUGGAAAUUGUACAUAGACGCCACAUAGGAUUUAUUUGAAGGACAUUAUGUAAAUCUAUGAGUAUAUAUUUUAAUACAAGAAAAGAGGGAAGCUAUUUAAAAGAGCACUGUAUAACUUUGGGUAUACUCGUGUAAAAGUUGUUUGUUUUUUUUGUUUUUUUUUGUUUUGUUUUUUUGCAGGGGGGUUUUGUUUUAUUUUCUGGGCUCCCUGCAUAGUGUAUAAAAUGAGAAGAAUAAUGUGCUAUAUGUACAAAGUGUCCACACAGAGUGAGAUCCUAUUAAGAUAUUAGGUUAUUGAACAUACAUGGUCAGUGUUUUAUUUGUAUUUGUAUUAUUACCGUAUGAUUUUUUUUUUUUUUUGCUGCUACACAAAGUCAUUUUAAGUGAUUUGCCUUAAAAAAAAAUGCAGUAUCCCCUCUUCCUCCCCCUUCAUGCCACACACACACAUACACGCACACACGCACGUAUACACAAUAGAUUGUACUGUGAGAUCUAACAGAUUUCUUAACAAUGUGCCUUCAUCGUUAUUGUCAAUGCAGCAUUCAGAGUUCAGUAUUAAGUCCUUUGCAGUUUUGUCUACUUGAAGGUUUUGUUAUUUGUGGCUGCACCUCACAUUUAACACAAUGGGAACUAUAAGGGAGUCUUUUAAAUAAUUUGUUACCCCAAUGGAGUUACUUAUAAGCUAUUAUUCAUAUUUGACAGCCGCUCUGUUUUUUAUUUUUUUUUUAUUUUGUUGUUGUUAUUGUUGUUGUUUUUCCACUUUAUUUCCUCCGCAGUUCAUACAUUACAGAAAUGGUCUCGUCACUGCCAGUGCCAUUUGCAGGGAAGAUCUUUUUUGUGUCUUUCAAGUGGCAGCUUUGGUUCAUUUACGUUACAAUUUUUUUUUUUUUUUUUAAACAAGAAAAGAAAAAGAAAGUGUUGAGUAGCUACUGUGCAGUUGUGGGAAAAAAAUGUCACCCUACAUAACCACCUUUGGUUGGAGAAGUUUAGAGGGAGGUUGAGGGGAAGCUCGUGCAUUGUUUAUAGUUAAAAAAAAAAAAAAUUAAUGUCAUGCCAUAUAAAUUAUUUAUAUUAAGAUUUUAUUUUUUUAGUUUGUACAGAUGUUAGUAUUUAGAUUGAAGUUCUAUUUUUAAAGAGUAAAUAUAUAUUAUAUAUAAAUAUAUCUAUUUGUUGCUGAGUUUGAUUUUUUUUUUCGUGUGUAUUUAGGAAAGAGGGGGCUCAUGAUUAUUGUUGUUGAUGUUGUUGUUGUGUUGGGGCAGUCGUUGAGCAGCAUGAAGGUGUCACUUUGACACCUUGUUUCUUCCUUCAUGGCCCCUUCUUUGUCAUUGUCCAUGUCUAAAACACUGUGACUUCUGGAAACUAUGCUCAAGAAAACCCCCUUGUGUGACCGCUAUGUUCUCUCAUCUGCUCUAGAAAAUUAACUAACAAAAAAAAUAAAUUCAAUUAAAAAUGCAUUUGUGUCA